AUGUUACCGAAUCAACGAUCCGGAUCGAAAAACAUUAUCGACCGACGAUGGGACCCGGGGUGGGUGGUAUCGGGACGGCUCGGGAACUCCUGUUGGCGGACGAUGGGACGGGAGCCGGUGUUGGUGGUGUCGGGACGGGCUCCGUUCGGCAUUGGACGGUCGACGGGGAUUGUACGGGGUGGGGCGGGUCGACAGUCUACGGGGACUGUAUGGGGGGACGGGUCUUACGUCAGCGACACACAGCGUACGUGGAGUGUCCGGGGAAGUGCGCAACCGGACCUCUGCGGGCCGCCGUAUUCCGCGGGCAAAGGCCCGUAG